AUGGGAUGGCGGCUUAAACUUGAAGGGCUUGGUUUUAAUUCCAUUAAACUUAAUGAGGUAGAUCGACUGGAGAGGCCUUUCGAGGAGAUGGAGGUUUAUGAAGUUCGGGGAAGUUUGAUUAAUGCUACUUUUCUGGCACUAAUUCCAAAGAAGGUGGGGGCUGAGAAGGUUAAGGAGUUUCAGCCUAUUAGCCUAGUAAAUGGGGCAUUGAGUAGAAUGUCCUUGGCCUUGGUUGCGGAUGGUUUGGUGGCUGGAUUUAAGAUUGGCUCUCCGAAUAGGGGACUUGUUAACAUAUCUCAUUUGUUGUUCGCAGAUGAUACUCUUUUCUUUUGCGAAGUAGAUCCUUACCAAAUUCGAGUUCUGAAGGCCCUUCUCCUUUUCUUUGAAGCAACUUCCGGACUGAAGGUUAAUUUGCAAAAAUAA